CGCUUCGGCGAGCAAUAGAGCGAUAGUCACAGUGCUGAGGCAGUGAAACACGGAAGAACAAGUAUAUAAGCAGGGGUUGCUACCAAACGAAUUCAGUUGGACUUGAAGCGAUCGCGAGUGCAGAACCACGCUCAAAGUCACACCGUGACUCGUUCGCCAAAGGGCUGCCAGAGACUCUGAACAGUUGUGAUUUCUUCAUGGACUGAAUUUGGUGGGGAGUCAGAGUUUGAGCGAAAUAUCCUAGCUGCACUCCCGAAUCCCUUUUCCUAUUAAGGCCAAAAAUAAGAAAGUGUUGGGCGAAUUGUGAGUAGCGAAUUUAGUGGCUCGAAUUGGAUAUCAGUGAGUCAAAAUCCCGAAAAGUAGAGAAGAGAAUAGAAGAGUGCUUGUGCCGAGAAGACCCAACCCUAUAGAAGCUCUCAAUGCGGGGGUAGAAGUGCUUGUGCGUGGGCAAAUCCGAUGAGUCUGUGAUUUUGGGAACAUCUGUGCGGUGUGUUCAGUGGCGAGGACAUGCGAGGCAGACUUCUAAUAUGACUGAGAAGUGAGUGUUGAUAGAUAGACCCGAGACCCAAAGUGCGAAUCAACCAUGAGCAAGUCCAUUCUCGUGGCAAUAGUGAUUUUUCAGCUGGUGGCCAGCCAGCAGACACCUGACUCAGACCACCACAUGACACGCUACGAUGCGCCCGAUGACUGUCGGUACGCGCUGACCGGCACCCAAGACGUGUCCCUCUUCUGCAUCCUCCGCACUGUCAACAGUGAAUACGACACGACGAAUUUUAGCGUAAUCAGUUCCGUUCUCUCCGAGCACACAAUCUCCCUAUCAAUACUGUGCAAUGAUCAGAUUAUGGCGCGCAGUUCGCUGGAGUCGAAGAGCUUUGUACACCUGAAUCGCCUGCGAGAGCUCUCGCUCGAGUACUGCAAAUUCGCCAAGUUCAACCGCGAAAUGCUCUUUGGGCUCAGCGACCUGAGGAACCUCACGCUGCGCACACACAACGUCAACUGGCCAGCACUGAGUCUCCAGAUAGAUCCCGACACGUUUCUGUACGUGAAGAAUCUGGAGCGCCUGGAUCUGAGUCAGAACAACAUGUGGUCGCUUCCUGAGAAUCUCUUCUGCACCCUCAGCGGCCUGACCUUCCUCAACAUCACCGGCAAUCGCCUGCAGGAUGUCAAUGAUCUGGGCUUCAGGGAUAAAACCCUGCCGGGUGGAAAGGAUGAACCCACAAGUGUGCCGACAAGUGCGCCCACGAAAUCUCAGCCCUGCAAUCUUGAUCUCGAGUCUCUGGACGUGUCCUUCAACCACUUCAUACUCCUGCCGGCCAAUGGCUUUGGAACACUGAAGCGACUUCGCCACCUCAAGAUAAGUGACAAUGAGGUCUCAAUGGUGGCCGAUAGAGCCCUGGGAGGUCUGAAGAACCUCCAAAUACUCGACAUGAGUUCCAAUAAAAUCGUGGCCCUUCCUUCUGAUCUCUUUCGCGAUCCCUCCCAGUCGAUUCAAGAGGUUUAUCUCCACAACAACUCAAUCAGUGUCUUGUCGCCCGGUCUGUUCGCAAAUCUAGACCAGCUGCAAGCGCUGGAUCUGGGCAGCAAUCAGCUGACAUCGACCUGGAUCAAUCGCAACACUUUUGCGGGCCUCAUUCGUCUCGUUCUGCUGAAUCUGUCCAAUAAUCGCAUCACAAAGCUGGAGCCAGAGAUCUUUUCAGACCUCUACACCCUGCAGAUUUUGAACUUGCGAUACAACCAACUGGAGAGCAUUGCUGCAGACACUUUCAGUCCCAUGAACAAUCUGCACACGCUGCUGUUGUCACAUAACAAAAUUAAGUUCUUGGACGGAUACUCACUCAAUGGACUGUACGUCCUGUCGCUGCUCUCGCUGGACAACAAUGUGCUCGCCGGGGUGCAUCCUGAAGCCUUUCGCAAUUGCAGUGCUUUGCAAGAUUUAAAUCUCAGUGGCAAUGAAUUGGUGUCAGUGCCGUCAGCCCUCAAAGACAUGAGACUCCUGAAGACAGUGGAUUUGGGUGAGAAUGCUAUCUCUGUGAUUGAGGAGAAUGCUUUUCGUGGAAUGAAUAAUCUCUAUGGCUUGAGGUUGAUUGAGAAUCAUCUGGAGAACAUCACGAGGAGUGCCUUUAAGGAUCUCCCGAGUCUGCAAAUUCUCAAUUUGGCUCACAAUAGUAUUAGAAAUAUUGAGCCAGGGACUUUUGAGAUGACUUCCAGCAUUCAGGCCAUUCGACUUGAUGGCAAUCAACUGGUGGACAUCACGGGAUUGUUCUCAAACAUGGUGAAUCUCCUGUGGCUGAACAUCAGUGACAACCAUUUAGCGUCAUUCGACUAUGCACAGAUUCCGCUGGGUCUACAAUGGCUGGAUUUGCACAAGAAUGAGCUGGGAGACUUGUCGAAUAGGUAUGGACUCGAGGGACAAUUACGCCUUCAAACAUUGGACGCCAGUUUCAAUCACUUGCAAAAAGUGGCUCCCAAUAACAUCCCCAAUAGCAUUGAAUUGUUGUUCCUCAACGACAAUCUCAUUACAAGUAUUGAGCCGCACACGUUUAUGCAUAAGGCUAAUCUCACGAGAGCGGAUCUCUAUGCGAAUCAAAUAACAGGACUGGAACUCAAGGCACUGAGACUCCUCCCUGUGCCCACGACCAAGUCCUUGCCGGAGUUCUACAUUGGGGGCAAUCCUUUCGUCUGUGACUGCAACAUCGAUUGGCUGCAGAAGAUCAAUCAGCAGUCCACGCGACAAUAUCCCAGAAUCAUGGACUUGGAGACGAUUUACUGCAAGCUGCUGUACAACAGAGACAGAGCCUACAUUCCCCUCCUAGACGCCGAACCUAUGCACUUCCUGUGCACCUACAAGACCCACUGCUUCGCCCUGUGCCACUGCUGUGAGUUCGAUGCGUGUGACUGCGAAAUGACUUGCCCGAGCAACUGUACGUGCUUCCAUGAUCAGAGCUGGGCGACAAAUGUGGUUGAGUGCUCAUCUGCUAGCUAUACGGAAAUGCCGGCCAGCAUCCCCAUGGACACGACGGAAGUGUACAUUGAUGGGAACAAUUUGGGCGGACUGUCCGGCCAUAGUUUCAUUGGGCGAAAGAAUCUCAAAGUGCUGUUCGCCAACAAUUCAGCCAUCAGUGACAUCUACAACACGACAUUUGCUGGACUGCGGAAGCUCACGAUGCUGCAUCUGGAGGAUAAUAAGCUGACAAAGCUGAGUGGAGGUGAGUUCACAGCCCUGGAGAGUCUCACUGAGCUCUAUCUGCAGAACAAUCACAUCUCGCACAUUGAGAAUCGCACAUUUCUCGAGUUGAGAAAGCUGGAAGUGCUUCGGCUGGACGGCAAUCGGCUUCAUCACUUUGAAGUGUGGCAGCUCACCCUCAAUCCCUACCUCGUUGAGAUUGGCCUGGGCGACAAUGUAUGGUCGUGCGAGUGCACUUUCCUCACGCAGCUGAGAACGUAUGUAAAUACCAAUAGUGAGAAGAUAAUUGAUGGGCAGAGAAUCACGUGCAUGUAUAAUAACCACACGAGUGUUUUGGGGGAGAGAAAUGGGACGAAGUGUGUGAAGGAGGGGGAGUCACUCUAUGGCAGAGCGCACGAAAUUGAGGACUUGCUGCCUCUCCUGCUGGCCGCCACGUGCGCCUUUGUGGGCUUCUUCGGUCUCAUCCUGGGCAUCUUCUGCUAUCGGCGCGAGCUCAAAGUCUGGGCGCACUCUCAAUGUCUGGCCAACAUUUGCUACAAGUCCAGCAACUUCGUCGAUGACUUCGACAAGGACAGACUGUAUGACGCCUAUCUCACGUACAGUCUCCAGGAUGAGCACUUUGUCAAUCAAAUUCUGGCCUCGACACUCGAGAAUGACGUUGGCUAUCGCCUCUGUCUGCACUAUCGCGACUUCAAUGCCAAUACAUAUGUGGCGGACACGAUUAUCGAGGCGGUGGAGAGCUCUAAGAGGGCGAUUCUUGUCCUGUCCAAGAACUUCCUCUACAACGAGUGGUCGCGCUUUGAGUUCAAGAGUGCCAUUCAUGAGGUGCUGAAGCGCAGGCGGAAGAUCAUCUUCGUGCUGUACGGCGAUUUGCCACAGCGCGACAUUGACGCCGACAUGAGGCUGUACCUCAGGACCAACACGUGCAUCGAGUGGGACGACAAGAAGUUCUGGCAGAAGCUGCGAAUCGCACUGCCGCACAUCCGGAAGAACCACUGUCUGGCCAAGCGCUCCGCUGUGAACAUCUACGCCACGGCUCAUGACUACAACACCGCCAGGCGCAUCAACGAGUGUCCCACGGCUCCGCGGCUGGACUGCAACAACUACGCCACCAUUGGGAGCUGCGGUCGCACGUGUGACACGUACGACAAGUACCCGACCGAGCGCCGACCACACCAUCAUCAUCACCGCGGCCAGAAGCCCGAGCGCCAGCACGAGUAUGCCGUGCCCAGCGGAUGCCUCCAGCCGCCGGGCAUCCCGCUGAAGUUCACCGAUCCGCUGAGCGAGAACUUCGACGGCGGCCCCAAGUAUCCGCACAAGAUCAUGCUGCCGCCCUCGGGCACGCUCUCCUCCACCAACAACAGCGAGUGCAGCCGCUCCGUGUCGUCCCAGGGCGCCCUCAGCUGCAGCUCGGCCGGCAGCCUGCCCGCCGCCGCCCCCACCACGCCGCAGCCCCUGCCGAACGGGUACUACGGCCGCGGGACGCCGUGCAACGACGCGUGCACGAGCAAAGGUGAUAUGAACUGUAUAGCGGAUGCGCCGCAGGCGAACUGCAUCGACAGAAGACUGCCACAGGCAAUGUGGGCGUAACGAUUACUUAAUUACAGGUUAGUUUUCUAAGCCAUUCUCCCUUGCGAAUGAUCAGGGGUUGAGACUAUGCUAUUGCCCACUCAGUCAGCAAGUGCGGAGAAAGGGUGGCUUUGUGAAUAUCGCGCGCGCGCGACGUCCUGGAAUAUCGUUUAAUUUCUUAGGAUUGAGGUGACGAAAUUGUCUUUAAUUUGCGCCAAAGAUUAUGUCGAAAUUGAGUGAGAAACACACAUGAGAAAAGCUCUGUUUCGAAUGCAUAAAGAUUCUCCUUGACAUGUUGUCAAAGACACAAGUUUUGACACAUAUUUGACAUGAAUUUGUGUACAGCAACAGAAUGCUUUGAAAUGCUAUUGAAUUUCAAAGGAAAUUCAAUUUGCAAUACCACUGAAAAUCCCCUCAGAAAGUUUAAAUACACUUUGGGUAUUAUUGAGUUGAAGAUAUUUACCAAUAUAUGUAUUCCUAAAAGCUUUUCCCAUCGUCUUAUCACUUUGCAAAGUCGAGAACUUAACGAGCUGAUAUUCCAGAGAAGUCCGCAAUUUAUCGGUUUAGUGUUACACCAUUAAGUAUAUAUAUAAAUUCCUAGGCUAUAAAAAAAAUGAUUUGCUCUCUAACAUUAAACUCAAUUAACGAUUGUUAUAGUAUCCACGUUUUAAGUGGAAAUGAUAGUUUUCGCCACCUUCACUUCACGUUUUUCAGUGCAUUUUCCCACAAUGCUGAUUGAGCAGGUGAUUAUUGGAUUGACUUGCGGAGCAUGAUUUGUGCAUUUGUAGGGCAAAAAUCGGCCUUUUGUGAUCACAGCCGAGUCAAAAGGAAACCCCUUGGCGAAUUUCUUGCCAAGAAUCACGCGCGAUUUCUACACCAAAUUGCCCUACAUUUUGCCACAUAUGAAGUGCUUCGCAAGUUUUGCGCACAUCAAUUGAACUCUGGGUUCAACAGAAAGAAGAAAAAAAAUCAAAUGUAAAGUCAUACGGAAGAGAGGAGAAAAAUUCUCAUUAAACAUAUUAAGCCAUGCAAGAAAAAGUCACAUGAAAAUAUUUGUAAUUGCAUUUUUGACGAAUUAAAGAAAGAAGAAAAACCAUACAUUUCUUUUGUCAUAACAGCUAAGAAUAAAAGAAAUAAUCAUUCCUCAUUAUAGAAGUAAAUAAAAAAAAUAGCAAAGCAAAGUACAUAAAAUAUAAGAAAAUGGAGAACUUAAUUAAAAUAUGAUUAUAAUAGAAAGAAAAAAACACAAGAAAACAUGCAGCAGAAGAAACACACACACAUUUUAUCAUAAAAAAUUGUACAUUAUUAAAUAUGGUUGAAUGUUCGCCACAGAAGUCAAAUCAAUGUGAAAUUAUCUCAAAACUCCACAAAAACAUUUAUGCAGCUGAGAAAUUAUGCUAAUUGACUCUUGACUCCUCUUCUGACUCUCAAGUUACGUCCAAACUCUAAUUAGUUUUUAUUUUGACUCUUUCCCAGAAGAAUCAUAAUUUUAUCGAUGAGCGAGAAGGAGAAUUAAGCACGGAAAUGUUGUCAGAGCAGCUCAAAUUCUCAAUUUAUAUUCACAUUUUCUGGCUAUCUUUUAUUUUCUUACACCCUUCAGACGCCGCUCUUCAUUAGCUCCUCACGGUGGACACAUUAAUCCUCAAAUUCAUUGAGAUUGUGUUGACGGUGGAAAAAAGGCACACUUUGCAAUUUGACGUUAGAUGUUGUUGUGUGCGAGAAGAAAAUGCGAUUUACUGAUCUUCUGUAUGAUAACACAAAGUCACAUUAAAAUAUUUUUGUCGAAAAUGUGGAAGCUUGAAUUUCAUUUCGUGUCGAAUAUCAAUGAAUGGAUAAAGCUUUGAAUAAACUUUAUUGCGCCCCGAAAAAAAAUGUAUGUGAAAAAUACUGCCCAAUAAUUCGUGUGUGUGUUUUGGAGGUGAUAUUAAAAAUUUAUCUGCGCCAUGAGAAGUCAGAGAGACAAGUCAAUAGUCAGCACUUAAAUUUCCAAUAAAUUAUCCACGUGAGAUUAGAAGACGCUGAGGAAUUAAUUAAUUAAAUUGUCAGUGAUGCUAUAUGGAGUUCUCUUUGUUUUCUCUGGAAUGACCGGGCGUCUUGUGAGAAGAGAGAGCAUCAAUUAGAAGCCACACUGCGAAUAUUUAUAUGUAAUAUUGAAUGAGAAUUGACACACGACAUAAAUUUCUCUGGGUGUAAUAAUUAAGGCAACGAAUAUGUUGGGUGUGAAGACGUGGUGAAGGAAGGAGAGAGAGAAAGAAGGAACAUUAUAAGGUAUGGAAGAAUAUGAGGAGAAACAAUAAAAGGAACCCAUAUUAAAUCAAUCAGAUGCUAGAUAUGUAAAUUCGAGAGGCACGAAAUUAAAUUAUGAUUUUGCCCAUUGAUAUUCAAGCAUUGGUGUGUCUGAUAAGUGGUGAUAGUUGUAAUAAAAUGUGAAGAGAAACGGCACAGAGUUGGAAAAUGUUUUAUUUAUUCCUUCUCUCACUGCAGCCAUAAUACAAUUUAUUCACAUCAAAACUGAUAUGAUAAUUUUUUCCACUAUGCAAAUACCAAUAGAUCCCAUUAUUUUCCAAGGGGAAAAGUCAAGUCUGAUGUUUAUUCAUGUUUCUCUCUCACCAUAUUUGUUCUACUUCUAUCAUAACACCCAUAUUUUUAUUCUCAUAAACAAAAAAAAAGUAUAUGUAUAAUAUAUAAUUACAUCAGCCAACAAUAUGAGCAAAAGAUAAUGCAUAUUAUUUAUUUCCUCACUCUCGGACAUGUUUGUGUUUUUUUUCGGUUCACUGUUUCACCACUUCAAUUAAUUUUUAGUGGUUUUUUAUUGCAUCGAGGAUGUGUGCAUUAAAGCAAGAGCGAGAAAGAGAGAGAGAGCAACAAGAGAGAACAAAUUUGUAAAUAAAUUCCUGUAAUUACUUUUGUAAAUAAGAGAUGAGAAUUUUAAAAUUGACGAUUAUAAUAAAAACAAAAAUAUAAUUUAUUUAUAUUCAACAAAAAAGUAUAAAA